AUGGAAAACAAUACUUAUCCCCCUUAUUUUAACCUCACAAUGUUUGUGGACAUAGGAAACUACCGCUACCCAACAUUUGUCUUAUGUUUCUUGUUGUAUGCUUUUAUUAUCACAGCUAAUCUUGUCAUAAUACUGGUAAUUUCACAAGAGAAAACCUUACAUGAGCCCAUGUAUAUUUUUAUUAUGUGCCUCUCUAUUAACUCUCUGUACGGCUCGGCCGGCUUCUUCUUCAGAUUUCUCAGAGACCUUGUGUCUGACACUCAUUUGAUCUCACGGUCAGCUUGUUUCAUUCAGAUCUAUGUCAUUUACACAUAUGCAUCCUAUGAGCUCACAAUUCUAGGCAUUAUGGCUUAUGAUCGGUAUGUUGCUGUGUGUCAACCUUUACAUUACCACAAUAAAUUAACCUCCAGGGUGGUCUCUGUGUUGAUCGCCUUAGCGUGGAUCUAUCCAGCCUUCUCUGUUGCAGUCUGUGUCUAUCUGUCCUCCAGACUUCCGCUGUGUGGCAAUAAGAUACCAAAGGUAUUCUGUGCAAACUGGCCUGUUGUAAAACUGUCAUGUGUCACUACUGUGCUCAAUAACCUUAUUGGCAUGCUUGUGUCUACAAGCACAGUCUUUCUGCCCCUAGCUUUUGUCUUGUAUACAUAUGUACGAAUUUUUCUGGCUUGUAGAAAACGUUCUUCAGAGUUCAAAGGCAAAGUCAUACAAAGCUGUCUGCCACACAUUGUUACAUUUGUCAAUUAUUCCAUUACUGUGUUUUGUGACGUUGCCCUCAGCAGAAUUAAUCUUGAAGAGAUGAAUCCAUUUUUAGGUAUAAUUAUGUCACUUGAGUUUGUUGUGAUUCCUCCCAUUCUGAACCCCCUUGUGUAUGGCCUGAAAUUACCAGAAAUUAGAAAACUCAUUUUAAGAAUGUUAUCAUGCUCAAAACAUACCAAACAAACUAAAUCUUAG